AUGAACAGAGCCUGGGCUGCGUUCAAGGCUCACCCCUACAUCAGCAACGUGGUGGGAUACACAACGUUGUUUGCCUCUGCUGACCUCAUACAACAGAGCGUGCUUGGUGGAAAAUCUGCUGCAGGCCCCACAUCAGAGGGCUCAGCUGGCAUUGACUGGUGUCAGACGGCCCGUGUGGCAACUGUUGGCUUCUGUUUCCAUGCCAACUUCAACUACCACUGGCUCAGAGGCCUGGAGAGGAUGCUGCCAGGGGGCGGUGUCAAGGCAGUGACAGGGAAAGUUGUGGUGGAUCAGCUGAUUGCAGCUCCUCUCACCAUCAGUGCCUUUUAUAUUGGUUUAAGUUUACUGGAAAACAAAGACGACCUAUUUGAAGACUGGAGACAAAAAUUCUGGACUUCUUACAAGACCGGUGUGGUGUAUUGGUCAACAAUGCAGGCAGUGAACUUUGCCCUGGUCCCUCCAGUGGCGCGGACUGUGUUUCUGGGAGGCAUUGCUCUGACGUUCACAAUCUACCUGUGUCACCUCAGACAGCAGCAUGACCACAAACAUGAAUAA